AUGACAGCCGAGGGCUUCCACGAGUACCUCAAUAAGAACGUCUUGCCACAGGCAGCAGACACCAAAACGUGCGACUACAACCCCUUCAAGCACGCUCCUGUCACCAAGACGACGACUGAAACGGCAUCAGGAGAGAUAGGGGUGUCGUACUCGGUGACCGUUUGCACGGCGCGCUCCUGGCUGCACAAGCUGGGGUGCGAGUACCGCGAUCGCAAGUCGGGCCUGUACUUUAACGGCCAUGACCGCGAAGACGUGCUCGCGUACCGGGUCGAGAAGUACCUCCCGGCGUACUUUGAGCACCGCGACUACAUGGAGAUCUGGAUCGAGGCGACUUCGGACGAGGCGCGGUCCUGGGAGGUGCAAGUGCAAGAGCAGGACAGGCAAGAGGUUGGGCGUGUUUGGGUUUGCGUGCAUGCCUUCAAGGAGACCCUCUCCGAACUUCCUCAGCAUCUCUGCGAGAGGGUCACCAGUAAGAAAACUUACUCUAACGGCAGGAGAGCGAUCUUCUGCUACCAGGACGAGUGCAUCUACAGGGCCAACGACGGCCAGCGUUCCGCGUGGGUGCCACCCAACUAUCACGCGCUCAAGAAGAAGGGAGACGGUCAAGGCAUUAUGAUCUCUGGCACCAUCGUCGACAACGUGGGGUUCGUUGCGGGUGGCCAGGCUGAUAUCGACGAGGCGCAAGCCUUGCGGCGUAAGUGGUGCGAUACUUCUGCAACCGAACACGCGGCAGGUGACCCGACCAAGCCAGAGACGUAUCGUAACAUCGACAAGCUCUACAAGGACGAAGACGGCAAGUUCUGGACCUACUACAGAUUCGAGUAA